GGACAUGCGGUGCCUGAACCUCGCUUUGGUGGAGGUCAUCAAGCUCCUCCCCUUAGAGCCGGAGUGCUUGAAGGCGGCCGUGCUGUACACGGCCGCCAGCGGGGGCGGAGUGCUCUCGUGGCAGGCCCAACACACCACCUGCCUGCACUUGGCCGCGGAGCUGUGCAGGGACGACUUGAUGCCCCUCCUGAUCACGCUCAGAGCUGAUCCUGACAUGCCGGACUGCUCCGGGAUGACAGCGCUGGACGUUGUCACGGCCAGGCAGCACUGGCCCAGCGUGUUGGCGAUGCAGCAGGCCAAGCGCAACGAAGGCCCGAAGCCGUGGGGCAUCACCACGAGGCAAGACACCAGCGACAGGGGCGAGCCAGAUAGGACGAGAAGGACGGACGCGGACACCGUCAUCCUCCAGUAACGCCGAACGUACCUGCUGCGGGGGGUGGACACCGACUGAGACCCGAUAUCCUGGAGCGGCAGGUGGCGAGGUGGUUUUCAAGAUGGCCGAGCCUGUGGUGAGGGCCAUAUGGGAUGUGCGAGCAUACCGUGCCAGACUCUGAGUCUGUGAUCGUUGCGCUUUUUCUUAGCGCAUAGAUGCGUGCCACGUUGCGGUGUCAGCUUGAAGGAGCUCCCGUUACGCCUUAGCAUGUGCUUGCGACUCAGAGUUCGCGGUUUUAAACUAUUGGGGCGGGCUCUGUCGUUGAGUCCAGAGCGCGCUUUGGCGCUCCCCCCCGGGUGGAACCCACAAAGCAGUGGAGGUG